ACUCCCCCUAUCCGUGAGGCACGCGCGCUCGGCUGCGAUCGGCGCGGCGUGAGCCGUCGCGCACUCGGCUACGUUCGCAGCCGGUUCGUCCUACAGAGAUAUACAUAUACAUAUAAUAUAGAGGCAACCUUCUGUAAGCGGAGCUGUCCGCAUCUUCUAUUCUAUGGGAUAGAACGAUAUGUAGUUAGAGUCCUAUAAUAGAGAAGCGCGAUCUUGUUCCUACUUUCUGAUUGGUCGGGUUCACGUGACUUAUAUGUGUGUUGUUACACAAUGUAAAUAAAUGCACACAUGUAAUCAUGGUAAGAACACAUAUACGCAACCUACGCGGCUGUCCGAUCCUAAGAUGGCAGCGGGUGGCAAGGUGGAGAUAGAGUUCGCGCUUCUCUGAUUAUAGGACUCUACAUAUAUGUAGUAAAGUGUUGUCUUCGUCACUCAACUAGUCUAAUGGGAAAGCGCUCCCCGCUCCCCGUACAUCGAAGCGUGCGUGGGAUACGAAGGACGCCGUAUAAUUUGAUAAUCUUACGAGUUUAUCGAAUAUUGACUUCUAAUUAAUUAUUCGUUACAGUAAACAACAAUCCAUUGUGUUUCAAUAAUUUACCUGUCAAACCACCAUCAAAUAAUUCACCUGUGGAAAAAAAUUAACACAUGAAACAUCCUCAUAUCUCAUAAAAACAAAUUCUGUUGAGAAUAUCUCAACAAACAAAGAUAUUAAUUCUACGUCCCAUGAAACUCUUCAACCAAGUCAUUCUCAUGUUGCUGCUGUUCUCCAAGUUUUAGUAGACAGACAGGAAGAACUGAAUGGGAAAGUAGAACAUGUAAUCCUGAUGCUUCAAAGAAUUUAUCGCAAGCUAGCCCCAAACGAAGAAAAAAUUAUUAUACCAAAAGGACUUUCUGCACUUCCUUUAAGGGAUGAAGAUGCUUUCGUAGAAUUUCAACAGUUUCUAAUCUUCGAUGAUAACUUCUAUCCUUUAGUAGAUUAUUUUCACAACCUAAUGAAAAUUGAUGAAUAGACCGAUGAAUAUACAACUAUCGGCCGUAUUCUGCCAAAAGUUAUAAAAAAUUCUUUGGCUCGUAUGAUAAAUUUUUCUGGAUCAGGUUCAGUGAAGCUAAAAUUUGAAAAUACGAAGCUCCAUGAAGCAAUUAUUUGUGCUGUUUUAAAGGCAUUCCUUAUGAUACUUAUGUUCUACCUGGGAUAGAACUUACACUAAUGGAAGCGGAAUAGCGUAUACCGUAUGCCGUAUGCCGAAACUGUGUCCAACAUCUGUGCGACAAGGAUAGAUAGAACAUAACUUGAUAUGAAAUGAAACAGAACUAUUUUUCUCACUUCUUGGACACACUUAUACGGUUCACUUUGGAGUGAAUCGGGAUUGGACGGCUGGGUGUAAACUAGGUCAUUGUCGAAAACAACAUUAUUUGAACGUGUUACAGUCUUUUAUUCUGUUUAGAAAAAGUAUUAUCAAUACACAAUGAUGCUCAGAAAGAUAUUUCGUCCAAAAAUGUUCCAAAAAAUGGCACGAUCCUUCUCAGCAGCUGCCGAAUCUGCGCAAGGAUAUUCUUUUGAACUAUCUGAUACUCAAAAAGAAAUGCAAGAAGUAGCGCGAAAGUUUACUAGAGAAGAGAUUAUCCCAGUAGCUGCAGAAUAUGAUAGAACAGGAAAAUAUCCAUGGGAUAUUAUUAAAAAGGCAUGGAGUAUUGGUCUUCUAAAUAAAAGCAUUCCACAACAUUGUGGUGGUUUAGAAAGUAGUAUUUUUGAUUCAUGCUUGGUUACUGAAGAAUUGGCUUACGGAUGUACAGGAAUAACAACUGCAAUAGAAACCACAGUUCUUGGACAAACUCCAGUUAUCAUAGCUGGAACAAAGGAACAGCAAAAGAAAUAUCUUGGCAGACUUUUAGAAGAGCCACUUGUUGCGGCAUAUUGUGUUACUGAACCUGCUGCAGGAUCUGACGUGGCAGGUAUCAAAACUAAAGCUGAAAAGAAAGGAAAAGAAUGGAUAAUUAAUGGCACAAAGAUGUGGAUUACAAAUGGUGGUGUUGCCAAUUGGUAUUUUGUUCUGGCAAGAACAAAUCCAGAUCCAAAAGCUCCAGCUAAUAAAGCUUUUACAGGUUUUAUUGUAGAACGUAAAAGUGAUGGCUUAACUCCUGGUCGUAAGGAAAUUAAUAUGGGGCAAAGAGCAAGCGACACACGAAUGAUAACAUUCGAAGACGUUCGUGUUCCUGAAGAGAAUGUAUUGCUUAAAGAAGGAGAAGGUUUUAAAAUAGCUAUGAAGACUUUUACUAGAACACGAUCACCAGUUGCAGCAUCGUCUACUGGUUUGGCCCAGAGAGCUUUGGACGAAGCAACGAAAUAUUCGAUGGAACGCAAAACAUUUGGUAUACCAAUAGCGCAACAUCAAGCAAUAGCUUUUAUGCUAGCUGAUAUGGCUGUUGGCGUUGAAACUUCUAGAUUAGCAUGGAUGAAGGCAGCCUGGGCUGCUGACAAAGAUUUACCGAAUGCUACAUUGCUCGCUAGUAUCGCAAAAUGUUAUAGUGCUGAUGUAGCUAAUAAAUGUGCUACAGACGCUGUACAGGUUUUCGGUGGUGCGGGUUUCAAUUCCGAGUAUCCAGUAGAGAAGCUUAUGCGCGAUGCAAAAAUUUAUCAGAUAUAUGAAGGUACUUCACAGAUUCAAAAGUUGAUUAUAUCGCGUGGUCUCUUUGACGAAGCUAAACAAAAGAGCAGCUAAAUAAUCAUGUGCCAAUUGAGUUAUGAAGAAAAUUUGAAUUAUAAAAUUUAUUUUUAUAAAGAAGUAUUUUUUUUAGUAUUCUUAUUAAAGUUACAAAAUGGUAAACUUAUAUCUACAUCUAACAUAUCAUAUGCAAUGUUUAUACUCUUAGAAUAUGUGCUUAUACUUUUAGAACAUUAUACAUUAAUAUAAGGUAAAAGUUGAAAUUUUUAUACUUAAAUGUGAUUUAUAAAUUUGAAAUAAUUAUUUAAAAAAUAUAUGUCAACUACACAAA